UCCUCUUCAGCGCUAGAUUCAAACAACAGCAGAGUGACAAGGCAGCUGAGCUGAAAAGAAACUGAAAAGUGAAGGACAGAGGCAACCAAACAAAAAGAGAAGAAGAAUACAGCAGAGAACAAAACACUGUCUUUACUUAACUUUUACAUUGUGCUUUGGUCUUCCUCAGAGGACAUUUUUUAUCUUUUACUGGUUUAGUUGUUGCAAAAUUUACAAAGGGCAAAAAUGAUGAGCAGCAAAGUCAUCGUCAUCGCUAUGUUCGUGCUCCUGGCCUCCCUGGCCAUCAGUGAAGGAAGCCUGGGACCAGAGCUGCACUGCCGCUGCAUCAGCACAGAGAGAAAACCCAUCGGCCGCCACAUUGAGAAGGUGGAGCUGAUUCCUGCCAACUCUCACUGCGAGGAAACUGAGAUCAUUGCCACCCUGAAAAAGACAGGCCAAGAGGUCUGCCUAGACCCCGAGGCUCCCUGGGUGAAGAAAGUGAUUGAGAAGAUCAUGUCCAACAGAAGACGCUGAGCAGAUGGCGUGAGACGCCUUUCAUGAGUCUGAGCCAUUUCUGGACAAAUGAAAAACUACCCAGAAGUAUUUGCUUGAUCAGAUGAUGAAGUCCUGACCUUCAUUUCAUAUUAAUAUGAGAGCACUGCUUAAUGUCCUGAUCACCUUUUGAAUUGGAACAGGAUUUACUCACUUGCAUUAUGUUUGUAUCAAACAUGCUAUUUAUUGACAAGUCUGUGCUUGUUUAUAGGGUACUUAUAUGUUAUUUACAUUAUAUUAUAUUUAGCCAGUAACUUUUUGAUCCAACAGCUGCUCCUCUUGUAAGAAUGGAUUACUGUUUUCUCAUCUCUAAUUUAUGUGCUAAGCAUAUUUAUUGACAUAUUUAUGAAAUGCAUUUGGAGUCACUUGUGUACUUUCACUGUUAUAACCUAUUGAUUAAAUAAAGAAAUAGUAAUAGUACUAGAAAUUGAAA